UCUUCUUCUCGACAUUCAUGAAUUUUUAUAAAUGUCGCAAUCUCGCACGCUUUUCUUUUCUCAUGGAGAAUUUACAUCAAUACAUCUUAUUAUUUGCAUUAUUAUAAGAAGAUAAGAAGAUGUAUGUGAAUUCUAGAUUUCGAUUAUUUUGAUCGAGAAAAUUUUUUCGUGCAGUUAUCGCAAUGGAGACUGAAUGUAUGUAAAUAGGCGAGUUUUACUUGAGAAGUAAAGGAACGUUUUGACGCGGCGAUCGCUGCAAAAAAAAACGACGAAGAGGAAACUCGAAGAACGCAUAUUGCAACCUCAUGAAGCACCACCAUGACCAUGAUUUUGCGAACAUGUCUUUGUCUCAAUCUCUUGACGGCGUCGGCGCUGUGUUUAACAGCGGACGAAAUUGAGGCUCAGAGAAGUGGCUGGAACUUAAAUCCCAAUACGCAGUAUCACAUUCAGACUGAUGAGGGUCCGGAGAGAUUUUUUCGCUUUCAAACAUCGAACGGUCAGUAUAGGAAAGAGAAGAGAUUGGCCGAUGGUACAGUGAUCGGCACUGAAGGCUGGCUAGACCCUCUUGGAUAUUUGCGUCUGAAGGAUUACAUCGCGGACCACGAGGGAUUUCGAAUUUUAAGGUCAAAAAUGGUUUACGUCGGUAAGGAUCGACCUAUUCAGGACGCGAUGGCGGAAGCAAAGAAGACUCCAGCGCAGACUGGAAUCUUGGCCAGGCCCAAGAGGCCACCAAAUCCUUUCAGACGACCAGAUCCUAACGCCAUCGUGCCGCUGUCUGGCAACGACAUUACUUACGGUUAUUACGCUCCGACGACUAUCAGACCCCAACCGAUUUCGAGAAACAAUUAUUAUUCUAGUCGAUCAGGCUACCCUUCUGAACUUCAAAGCCUGGACGUUUAUCAUCGACCACAUGCUACGUAUUAUCGCGAAUCCGCAGCUCGACCACCAACUCAGAUUCUGGAAGCUCCAUACGAUCCUGCUAUCGGAAGUUCCUCCCUCAAACCAAACUAUCAAUCGCCAAGCGUUUCUCAAAACGAUUUCCCGUCAUAUGACGGCACUCAUACUACAGCGAAUGGUUUCCAGUAUUAUUUAAGGAGGCAAUAUCAUGAAGAAGAAAGGGAGCCUGAAGGCAACAACGUCGGCUCUUUCGGUUAUAUCGAUCCAUUUGGUAUUAGACGGGUGAUUUAUUAUAAGACGGAUCCGUUCUCCGGUGGAUUCCUCCAUAAAAAGAACAAUCGAUACGUCGGUUUCAACGCGACGCCAUACGAUCCACUUCCGCCUGAUCUGUCCAGGACGCGGCUCUCGAGAGCCCUCCCGACGAGCGCUUCUUAACAGUUCCAUCAUUAUUCAUUGCUUUACCACGUUAUAGCAUCACGUUUUAUCGCGAAGAGUUCAUCAUCCAAUACCGCGUCGACGCUGGGUUUCGCUACGCUGGACGGCCUUGGUUCGAUUCCGAUGAUCUCGACAGCGAGACCAUUUGUCGAAUCGAACUGCCGUCUGUUAUCUUAAGCAAUCUUAUUGAUCGUGAAUUUUCUAGUCAGGAUGGAACCAACAGAUACUGUUAAAAGGAGAAAGAACAAUGAUGAAUAGAGACGGUCUCGUAAAUAUUAAAGAUCGUCUAUAUUCUAAGAUAGAUAAAAAUUCUCCAGCAGGGAUUCUCGAUCACCAACGUUGCUUAUGUGUAAUAUAUAGAUAUAACGUUUCUCAAAGUGCCACAACUAAUAUUCUUUUGAUGUACGACUCCGUUUUUGUCAGUAUCGCCAACGAUUCCCAAUAUUAUUCGAGAUGAUGUAACAUUAUACGAGGGUCGAUUGAAUCAGGAGACUAUCGAAAUACAGUAGAUAAAAAGGUUCCAACGGAGAAUUAGAGAUAAGGAUUGUGCGAGAUUAACACAAUGACUUUCGUCAUCGAGAAGGCGGUGGCUUCCUGAUUCGUCGUCCUGUCUUUGUUCUGCUAUUAUCGCGAGUAGAUGAUCGGAUACCACAAAGAGACAACGUUAGAUGCCAUGCUGGACUAUAACUCAAUUUUCAGGGAAGCGCGCGAUGGGACUUCCUUGAAAAAAAAAAUUGUAGAAUGCGUCGGACAAUGUUCGCGAACCUUUCCAAUUGCGUCACCGAUCUCUAUGAAACGUGCGAAGACUCGCGACCGCCAUUGUCCUCAUACGCGUAAGCUUCUUUCAGUUAGGCCUAGUUCCACAAUUCACGGUUAACUCUUUAACCGAGGUUCAACUUAUUCAUUGUC